CCUGUUGGCGUUGUGAAUAAACUGUCAACACGCUUAGAGCUGCUUUAGCUCUUAGGUUUGGCAUGAUAUACUGUAUGAACAUUAGGUCCAACUUUAGCUAUUUACAAAAAAGACCAAUACAUCUCAUAGUAUACACUGAAUGGACAGGUUUCCUAGAUCUAAAAGAAAGGCUGAGUUAGAGUACCCUUCCAAAAUGGCUGCUCUUAAGGAAGAGAGAGAUGUGGAAGACUACAAGAGGAAAGGAAGACGAUCCUCACAGCAGAAAUACCGUAGACUGAAUAAGGGCCAUGAGCCAAAGGAGCCAGAGCAGUUGAGAAAGCUGUUCAUUGGAGGUCUGAGCUUUGAAACAACAGAUGAUAGCUUGAGAGAGCACUUUGAAAAAUGGGGCACACUCACGGACUGUGUGGUGAUGAGAGACCCACAAACAAAACGUUCCAGAGGCUUCGGCUUUGUGACUUACUCUUGUGUGGAGGAGGUGGAUGCUGCCAUGAGUGCUCGACCGCAUAAGGUUGAUGGACGCGUGGUUGAACCAAAGAGAGCGGUUUCAAGGGAGGAUUCUGUAAAGCCUGGGGCACAUCUCACAGUAAAGAAAAUAUUUGUUGGUGGAAUUAAAGAAGAUACAGAAGAAUAUAAUUUAAGGGAGUACUUUGAAAAAUAUGGCAAGAUUGAAACCAUAGAAGUCAUGGAAGACAGGCAAAGCGGAAAGAAAAGAGGCUUCGCUUUUGUAACUUUUGAUGAUCAUGAUACAGUUGAUAAAAUUGUUGUUCAGAAAUAUCAUACUAUAAAUGGACAUAACUGUGAAGUGAAAAAAGCACUCUCAAAACAAGAAAUGCAGACUGCUAGCUCUCAGAGAGUAAAAUAUUUUUUAGGUCGUGGGGGUGGCUCAGGCAACUUCAUGGGUCGUGGAAACUUUGGAGGCGGUGGAGGGAACUUUGGCCGAGGAGGAAACUUUGGUGGAAGAGGAGGCUAUGGGGGUGGUGGUGGCGGUGGUGGGAGCAGAGGAAGCUUUGGGGGUGGUGACGGAUACAAUGGAUUUGGUGAUGGUGGCAACUAUGGAGGUGGUCCUGGCUAUGGCAGCAGAGGAGGUUAUGGUGGUGGUGGAGGACCAGGUUAUGGAAACCCAGGUGGUGGAUAUGGAGGUGGAGGAGGAGGAUAUGAUGGCUACAAUGAAGGAGGAAAUUUUGGUGGUGGUAAUUAUGGUGGAAGUGGAAACUACAAUGAUUUUGGCAAUUACAGUGGACAACAGCAGUCUAACUAUGGUCCCAUGAAAGGUGGUGGCAGCUUUGGUGGCAGAAGUUCAGGCAGUCCCUAUGGUGGUGGUUAUGGAUCUGGAAGUGGAAGUGGGGGCUAUGGUGGUAGAAGAUUCUAAAAAUGCUACCAGAAAAAGGGUUGAAUGAGAAGCUGCUGCUUGACAAAAUGGGGAAUGUCUUGCACAUCCUCGUCAAUUGAAGGUUUCUGACUGGGUAAGAUUUGUAGUGUCUAGUAAAACACUUGUUUAACCCUUACUUCCUUCUAGGCUUUCCUUCACCAGCCUUUUAUCUCAAGGAAAGCCUUGUGUACCGAGGAGCAAGUAUUCCAGCACAUGCCAUCCAGUGCUUCCCCUUCUGGAUGAGGGUUGCUUGCUGGCAUAAUUGCUGUUCGAGAGCCUUCUGUUCUUGGCAGGUACAAAAUUGUUGUGUCCGAGAUCAACGAGACAGAAAUGACCAAUGUUUUGAACUGUGUGCUCUAGUUUCCAUGGGGGUUUUCAGAAAUCGGUUACCUUGUAAUAGAAAGAGCUGCCUUGCAGAAACCCAGCAAGGUGAAGACCCCGGAGUGGUUCAUCACGGUUCUUAAUGGGGCGUGAUGUGCCGCUGCUGCAGCAGGUCUGUAAAGGCACUUUGCCCUGGUUAGAGCAGUGAUGUCCCUCAGAAAUGGAUCCUGGUUCUCCAGGUGGGUUUGUAUUUGCCUGAACAAGUCAAGGAGUUCCCCGUCAGCCCCUGGUGCUUUCGGGCAGGGUGGGUCAGUGGAGGCUGAUGUGGCCACCUGAUGCCCUGCUGAAAGCGAAGUACAGCUGCGUUUACACCGGUGAGUGGCAACAAGAGAACUUGCCACGGGAUCUGCUUUUGCGCACGUUGGUUCUUAACUCUUGGAACACGUAUUGCCUUUUCUGCCUCUUCUGCUGUUACAAGUCUUGGGAUACUUUUAACUCCUUUUAUAUAGUCGUCUAGUACCUGUUUAAACUUACCAAUACGUUCCUGAGUCUGUGCAUUGUUUUUGUGAAGUCAGUUUCUAUUUUAGAGUUGGUUAUUCUUCAGUUAUUUAGAAAAUAAAGCCAAAUGGAACCCAUGCAUUUCAGUUUAACCUGAGGCUCAGGCAUGUUCGUAGACCAAUUCAAGGAUUUAAACUUGUUACAUGCUGUCUGUGAACAUCCAGAAAGGAAACUUGGCAUUGUAACGUACAAUUGAAAGUUAACUUGGAAGUAAUUUACAAUGGUAGUGUUGAGAUUUUCAUAUAAUUGGGAGCUACUUGAUGGAAAUCCCACAAUGACUGUAUAUUUGUACAAACUGCUGACAAACGUUUUUGGUUAGCCAGGGUUGAGGCAAAAUUUAGAACUGCUGCAGUAAGGUCAGUCUCCUCAGUGUAGCACGCUAGGCCGCCUGUUGCUGGGGUGACAAGCUUGCUUUUCUUGCACCUAGAGGUGGAAAACCUUUGCUCUUCCUCAGCUACGCAGAGUUGUGAGCUCACCUGGGCAGCUGUGUGUAGCAGCAGGUAACGGGGGAAAAGAAGCAUGAGUUUAAAUCUUAGUACCUCUUAUGAUUACUUGGGUGAGGGCAAAUGUUUUUGUCCUUGAGAGGAGGGGGAAUGUUACACUUUUUUAACAGUAAAAUCUUGAAAAAUGUUUUAACAAAAGCAAGUUUUAACAAAAACUCUUUCUAGUUUGCAUGCUGUUACGAGGCCUGUAUAUAGAGCAAAGCUCUUUCUUGCCUUUCCUUGGCAUCAGAGGAUUCUGCACUGCUGCAGACUUGUUCUGUGCUCUGGAGGGGUCUUUUUGCACCAUGUAUAGAACUGGAUAUCUGCAGUUAGAAUUAUAUCCACACUUGGAUUUAUAACACUCUUGUUAGACUAAUUUGCUUACUUUUGAUUAUUCACACUCCAAUUUGUUCAGAAAUAAACCUCAUCAAGGAUAAACACAUCUGUCAGGAGCACUUGGUUGAGCGUAUCUUUGUCCGAGAGGCACUUCCAAGAGUUAAGAAUGUUGUUUCAUGGCUGGGUUUUUCUGUGGUGGCUGCUGUUGAAAAGAACAGCUGUAAAUGGAGAUGGAGAUGUAACAUGUGAAGUUAACGAAGCAUUGGUCCCUCAGCUGCAGUUCCACAGAUGUUUCUUUGAUCCCUAAACCUGCGUGUUAAUCUAAAAGCAAAUGGUACUUCCAGGUAGUAACAGUGUGUUUCCCCAAAAGGGGCCCAGGCUGAUGGAGAUGUGAUAAGUGUGGUGUUACUCUAGAGCGCUGAAAUUAAACGCAUCUUAACUGUGGUAUCCUUUAUGUAUUUAAGGUGGGAAGGGGAAUGCUCCUAGUCUUUCCAGCAUUGUGUGAUGUACUGCCUUGCUUUGGUACCUGUGUUUAAGACAUUAACGUGUUUUCAUAUACUGUCCAAGCUGCAGUGGAAUAUUCACUUAUGUAUCACUCUGUGGUCUCUGACAAGUGUUUGUGUCUUAAAUUGUGUGGAGCAUGAAAGAUCUUGAGUCUCACUAAAAUUCAGAUAUCUGAUGGAUGAUUCUUUUUCUGCUGUGGGUGCUACAGGUUGACAUCUCUAGCUAAGUUAAGCUUUUUCCUGAACUAAAGUAAUCCAAGUAUCUCCGUAGAAGAAAAAUGGCCUUCAUGUAGAAGAUAAUAUCGCAAGAUUGGAAACAGAAUAAUAUGUUAUAAUAACUGGCAAAGACUUGAAGAGCAAUGGUGCUAGUGUGCUGAUAUCUUAGAACUUGUGGUUAAACGAGUUUAAAAAUAGCAUGGAAAUUAAAAAUUUCAGUAUAGUCCAUAAUGGAUUGAAAUUUGUUAAAAUAUUUCAAUUUUGUAUCAGAAUAAAGUGUAUAUUGUCAAAUGACUUACAAUCUAAA